UGUGUAGCUUUGAUCAAAGGGGUAUCUCGCGAUAACUACGAAGUCACGUGGAUAAUGGCUGGAGAUCGCGGAGAUUAGAAGUGGGAUCUACGAGCUGAGAGGAGGUGAAGCUGUGACACACUACUGACACAGAAGUGAUGGCGUACGUCACCAACCACGGGAAGCUGCUGCUGCAGCGCCUCCAUCAGCAGCGGGAGAUGGACUUCCUGUGUGACAUCACCAUCAUGGUGAGAGACGUGGAGUUCAGAGCUCACCGCAACAUCCUGGCGGCCUUCAGCGACUACUUCUCCGCCCAGGCCGAAAUCGCCGACGAGGUGACGACUCUGGACCCCGAGAAGGUCAGCAGGUACUCUCUGGAGAAGCUGCUGGAGUUUAUCUACACCGGACAGAUGAACCUCAGCAGCACCAGACAAGCAGCCGUGCGUCGAGCUGCUAUCUUCCUGGGAAUGACCGAGGCCACCAAGUAUCUGGAGGAGCUUCCUCGCUGGUCUGAACCCAGCGAAACAUCCCAGUCGGGGGCAGAUAAAGAAGCCGGUCACUCUCCCACCAGUCCGGCUUCCCCCAGCAGCCCCUGCUCCCCUCUCCCCCUGUCCAUCGUCUCCGUAGGGGGGGACUGGCACGACAGCCACCGGGUAGGCAUGGAGCAGGACGACGAGGCCGGAGACGCCGGUCUGGAGGACGAAGGGCCAAGCGACGAGGAGUACAGCCCCACCACGAUGAAGAGCGCCGGGGGGGGACAGGCCAGGAAGAGAGGACGGCCCAGGGUGGUCAGAGAGGAGGAAGGAGAGCCCAGCAGCUCGACGGACGCCACGCCUAAAGUCCAGAGCUUCAGGGGGAGAGGGAGGCCGAGGGGGAGGCCCAGAGGGAGAGGCAGGGGGAGAGGAAGAGGGAGACCCAAGGGGAGAGGAAGAGGAGUCAGCAGAGGGGAGGACAUGUCUCUGGACGAGUCUGAUUCUAGUGUGAAGGACUUCGGGGACAACUCUGCAGACUGGAGCCCAUCGCAGGACCACGACGACGACUCUCCGUCCAGGAAGGCCCAGCUGGGCGGCGGGGAGGUGAGGAGAGGCCGAGGGCGAGGGAGGGGGAGAGGCAGAGGGAGAGGAAGGGGGGACGUUAAGAGCGAGGACAUGUCGGUGGACGAGUCGGACACGAGCGUGAAGGACUUUGUGGACGACAACUCGGCCGACUGGAGCCCAUCACAGGACGACGAGUCUCCCCUGAAGAAGCCCCGGCUGAGCUUUGGAGAGGGCAGGAGAGGACGGGGACGGGGCAGAGGCAGGGGCAGAGGCAGAGGGAAGGGCAGGAGGAGGAUCGAGGAGGAGGGGGGAGGGGACAACGAGGAGGAGGAGGGCGAGGUCGGGGAGGAAAUGGGCGAGCUGUCGCUGUUCUGCACCGAGUGCAACAAGCACUUUAAGGACGUGAGCAGCCUGAGGAGACACGAGAAGAUCCACAAAGGCCUGAAGCCGUUCUCAUGCAUCUUCUGCUCCAAGACCUUCAGACAGGCCACGCAGCUCAAGACACACCUACGCAUCCACACAGGCGAGAAGCCGUUCAGUUGCACCCAGUGCGACAAAUGUUUCGCUCAGAAGUGUCAGCUGGUCGCUCACCGUCGCAUGUACCACGGGGAGGAGAAACCGUACACCUGCGACCGCUGCGGCUUCAAGUUUGCUACCUCGUCCAACUACAAAAUACACCUCAGACUUCACAGCGGGGAGAAACCGUACGUCUGCGAUGUCUGCGGUCAGGCGUUUGCUCAGUCCAGCACGUUGACGUACCACAAGCGGCGACACACCGGAGAGAAGCCGUACCAGUGCGAUCUGUGCGGCAUGUCCUUCUCCGUUUCCUCCUCCCUCAUCGCACACGCUCGCAAACACACAGGUGAGACUCCGUACAAAUGUUCUCAGUCAAACUGUGACGCCAAGUUUGUCACGUCCUCGGAGCUGAAGAAACACAUGAGGCGGCUUCAUCCAGAGGGCAACAACGGUGUGCAGUGUCUGCUGUGUGGAAACAGAUUUGCCAGCGUGAAGAACAUGAUCAAACACCAGGAGAAGGCCCACGCUGACGAAGUCCGGCAGCACAGGGAGAGAGCCAGAGCUGUCGUCCUCCUGGCCUCCAGCCAUCCCGUGGCCUUCGUCCAGAGCAGACUGACCCAGACCAACAAAGGUUUGGUUUCCAUCCCUGAAGGCGAGCCGGCCAACCCUGAACCGGCCACCCCGAACCUCAAAUCCACCGCGGCGUCCGCUGCCUCGUCGGACGCCGCCACCGACCCCCCCGCCACCGCAGACGUCAUUCAGGACUUCAAGGCGGAGCCGUCUCACACGCCGCUCACCACCGCCGACCAGGUGACCUUCGAGGCCGACCAGGAGCAGACCAUCAACUCGGACACCCUCCACGCUCUGGUGGAGCAGCUGAGGCCGCCGUCGCCGGCACAGAGCCUGGAGCAGAUCGUCAUCAUCAGGACGGUGGACACGGCCGAGGGAAACCCUCCUCAGCAGUGAGGCUGGAGGGAAAACUGUUAGCGAACACGCCACAGUCAGCAUUCACAUCCAGGCUCUCCUAAAACACUCUAACCAGUCUGUUAGUGUCUCACCUUCAGGUUCAGCUGCAGUUCUUUACAACUUGGGCCUUAUUUUUAGAGGUUUGUCCAAAAUUUCAGCUCUAAAUAAACCCACACCGACCCUUCUGUAAUUAUUGUACAGGGAUGAACUAGCACUACGACUAACUGUGAUUACAUGCACACUAUAUUUUCAAUAAACUAAAUGAAUUAUUAGGCUAAUAAAUGUCAAAAACUUGUUGUCAGACACCAAAAUAACGUCCUCAAACGGCCUUUUUCUGUUCAACAAAUAAUCCAGCAUCCAAAAAUAUUGAAUUUAGUGACGAAAAACAGAGAAAAGCAGCAAAAUGUGUCAUUUGAGAAGCAGUAACUCAAAAACUUUGAGACUUUUUUCACUUUUUCUGCUUGACAAACUGCCAGUUAUCAUCCAGCUUUUGUGUGCACAUAGUUUAAUUUUGCUGAGAAGCGAAAUUAUUACAACAUUUCCUUUAUUUCAAGUCACUUGGCAAUUCUGACUUAGUAUUUUUAUUGUCAUUUAAACCCUAAAAGAUCUGUUUUUUAGAAAGUUGUGUCCAAAUGUUUAUCGAACAGUUAAAGUUACUCAUUUGGGUAUAAUAUGAAACACAGAAAAUCAUUAAAAUCUCACAUUUUAGAAGCCAGAAACAGCAAAUGUUGGACUUUUUUUUGCUUCAACUAUAAUCAAAAUGGUCAUUAUAUCAAAAUAAUUACAGAUUAAAUUGUCUGUCGAUGAAUUUAAUGACUCAUCAGUGCAGCUCUAAUCUGGAAACAAGUGAAGUUCAUAUAAUGUUAUUAUUUGGUGCAUUUAUGGUGAAAACUGCAGAAAUAAGACCUGAAUUGUAAAAGACGUUGAAAUAAUGAUGCAGCAGAAUGAAUUUACAGUUACAUAAAGAGAUGAAAAUGUAUCGUUAAACAGUAAAAUACACAAACCCUUCCAGUGACUUAAUAUUUGUGCAGAAAUCUGUGUCGCUGUCAUUGAAUUAGCCCAUUAGAUGCUCAUUAUGGACACUGUGAUCCAGCAGAAAGGUGACAAAUUAAAGGAAAAGCUGACUUAGUGUGACUUUAAGGAACCAGAAGAGCUUCAGGUCUGCUUGGCUUUGAGUAUCAGGGUCUCUUAAACUCCACAUGAGGGAUAAAAAAACACAUUUUUCUGAAAGUUGAUGCGUUGUUUUAGGUUUUGUGUUAGUAGAAGAGAGUGUUUUCUAAUAUUCUGGUCCAAAAUCUCCCAUAAAAGUUCAGUUUGGUUGGCUGUAUUUUUUUCUUUUUUAUAUCCUGAAAGAAACCACUUUACAAAUCCUUCCCUGGCAUAACAGAGCCACCAGUUCCCCUCAAAGAAACGCUUAAAAGAUUCAGAUUUUUCCUUUAAUUUGUCCCUCAUCUGUAGAUUCUUCUCAUUAUCACAACCUAAACUCUUUGGGCUGUCAUUAAUGGUUGUUCAAGGUGGAUUACAGACGCUAAUUUUCCAUUAAACUGAACGUGUGACUCCAGUUGACAUUUUAAAAUUAUCAUUUUAAUUGAGCUGACACGUUAGCGCUGGUGUGAUGUGGCUAAUGUGGCGUAAACACAAACCAGAAGAGACGCUCUGACCGAAAGAAACAAAUCAAACAUCUAAUAGAAACUGACUCUUUCUUACGUUUUCCUCCAGUGUGGAAACCGAAGCUGUCGUUGACUGUUGCAGACGAGUUUCAAACCGCUGAAAUUCCACAAUUUUACCAAAAAAAAAACAGUUUCUCCAAGAAAGGAAAUUCUGUGAGUGGGUGAAACUCUGGCAUUGUUUUAAUCGUUAACGUAGUGAGUAGCUGCCUCACUCCGGCUUUCAGAUGUACGUUUUUUUCCAGUCAAUCCUCCGGUAAAUGUUCCACUGCGGUGUUUGACGUGUGAUGGUGGCUUCAUUGAACACAACCUGCUGACGUAGAGGCCCAGUUCUGUUUUUUAUUUUUAUAAAGCAGCUGUUUUGGUGUUUAAGUUUGGAAACCGCAUUGAGACGAAGCUGUUUUGUUCAUUUCAUGCUUUCUUUUUGUUUGUUUUCUUUUGUAUAAAACCUCUGCAUUACCUGUACAGACAUGUGAAUUCCAUAUACAAGUUCACUACUGUAUAAACACUGUACAAGAGAAUAGGAAAAUAAAAAACAAGAUGAAAAGGGAA